AUGACCGCAAGCGGCGUUACCAGCUCUGCGCCCACAUGUGUGGCUUCAACUCAACGAGGUGAUGAGGCGCGUGAUACAUCUUUAGAUAGCCAUAGCCAUGGUACCCCGAGCACCGCACGUUGCGCCGACAAAAGUGCUUUCGAGACAAAUUAUGUCAAAAGUGUAGACUGGACUCCCGAUGGCACCACCCUUCUAACGGAUUCUGCAGACCAUCAUAUAAGGACUUAUAUCCUGCCCCCUGAUCUUUUAGAAGAAAGACCCUCGCCGCAUCGGUUGUCUCCUUACUCUGUGCUACCUUCAGCGGAACCAACCUAUGCAGCUGCUAUUUAUCCUUAUUAUUCUCUUCAGGAUCCGUCUACUACACUUUUUUUAUCAUCGGUCCGAGAUCAUCCAAUUAGACUGGCCUCAACUCUGGCCCCUACGCUGUUGGCGACUUAUUCCUUGAUACACCCAACCACGGAAGCUUUUAUAACGCCGCAUUCAAUUAUCUAUCCACAAGCUCUCGGUGGAACGCAUUUCCUCACUGGGUCAGAUAGUCUUAUAUGUCUCUUUGAUGUUUCCCGGCCCGGUAGCGAUGGACCUGUUUCCUGGAUGCCUACUAUACCUAGUAAGCGUAAACAGACGGUGGGUGGGGGCGUUGGAAUGAAGGGUAUCAUUUCCGCUAUGGCCAUCAAUCCGACAGGAGAUGGCAUAUUAGCAGCUGGUACCUUCUCAAGGCAGGUGGGAUUAUAUGACUCAAACGGAACUGGACAGUCAUUAGGCACGUUUAGUAUUGCAAAGACCGAUGCUAGUCGUCGUAUUGGGGGCCGAGGUAUAACCCAGCUGCUCUGGAGUCCUUGUGGAAGAUACCUAUAUAUAGCUGAACGAAAGAGUGACGGUGUUAUGAUAUACGACAUCCGAGUAACCGGUCAAUUACUUGGCUGGUUAGAAGGCCGCAAGGCUAUCACUAACCAGCGGAUGAAGGUUGACAUUGUCUCUACCAAUCAAGGCACAUCGCAUGAGAUCUGGGCUGGAGGAACUGACGGUUUCAUGAGGGUAUGGCGUGACCCGACACAUACUACUGGUGGGCAGGAACCAGUAUGGGAAUGGAAAAUCCAUGAUGACUCAGUGAGCAGUACUGUUCUACAUCCAAUGGGCAAUGUUGUGGCUACGUGUGCUGGGCAAAGACACUAUUCAGGCGACGAUGACUCGUCUUCUAUAGAAGGGCUUGACAAUAGCGUGAAAGUAUGGUCUAUGCCAUUCCUGUAG